UCAACUUGUUUUAACAAACCAAAAAAAAAUCAGAGCAAAAAAAAAAAAUUCAAUCAAUUUACAGAGAUUCGUCUUCUCAGCUAUUCUUCCUCUCAUCAAUCGAUUCAUUUCUGCAAUUCUCUCAAAUCUCUUAAUCACCGAGUCCACUCACUCGACUCGCCUUCUUCUCCGAUCUCACCUCACCUCUGCUGCCGGAAUUCCAACUCGCAAGUCCCCAGAUUCAAAACCCUAGCCACGACCACCAUUUCCCUCCCCAAUUCCAUUUUCCGGAUUCUGGUAAUUCCAAACCGUUUUCCGUGGUAUUGUUUCAAUUCGCGGGAUUGUAAUUCCGUUUAAUUGAAAAACCCUUCCGCAUUUCCUCGCAGGUGGAUUUCGAGGGAGGAGAAUUAGCGAGGUUUUAUAUCAGUAUGAGCAUUGACAGCCCUGGAGAAGAAGAGGAUUAAUGCUUGCAUUGCGCGUGUUUUUCUCGAGCUGAAGAUUGAUUUUGGGACAUUCCAUGGGCGAUGGAGGUGUUGCAUGUGUCUCUUCACAGCAUAUUAUGGAGAAGUUCGCUAUUUGCGGCAAUGGCAAUGGCAACACAAAGCUCAAUUCCGUUUCCAAGGCUUCAGUCAAGCUGGCUAAAGUGAACAGGAAGAUGAAGCCGAAAAAGAACAAGGGAGCCGAGCUGGCAACGAGCAAUUUCGACAGUUUGAAUAGUAGUAAAGAAGUUGCUGCUGAGAAGAAUGGCAGUGAUGAUCUUUCGAAUGACAACGAAGUGGAGGAGGGCGAGCUUGGGACGCUUCCCUUUGAGAAUGGGGAGUUUGUUCCUGAGAAGCUGGUGAGAAGGUACGAGAUCAAGAGUGAGGUUGAGAAGGGUGAGUAUGUCCCCGGGAAGUGGCGUAAAGGUGGUGGCGAAUGGGAGAAUAGCGAUUGGAGUUCGUCGAAGGAGGAGCUGGAAAAGGGGGAAUUUGUCCCUGAUAGGUGGUGUAGAAGUGAUGCUGCAAAUAAAAUUAGUGAUUUUGGUUACUCGAAAGGGCGGAGAUUUGAUGCUGCGAAGGAAAAAGGAAGGAAAAAUGAGCUCGAAUGGGCGUCCCUUCCUGCUAGGGAAAGGGGAUGGAGGGUUGAUCGUGAAUCCGAUUGGUCUCCUCCUUCUGCUAGAGAGAAAGGAUGGAAAGGUGGCCGCGAGCGCGAUUGGACGUCGCCUUCUUCAGGUAAGUAUUCGAGUGAGAAAGAACUCGGCGGAAGUGGCGGGAGUGUUCAGAAUUUGAGGAAAUUUAAUUCCAGAUAUGAAGCUGAGAAAACCCCCAAAAUCAGCUCCAAAAUAAUUGGUGAAGAAAGCUAUUUGAAGAAUGAUUUCACCAAUAAUAAGAGCCAUGGAAGAGACUAUUCCUUCAGUAAUCGCUUCAAGCGGCAUGGCAGUGAUUUUGAUAGUAAUGAGCGGAAGUAUCGAGUUGACUAUGACGACUAUUCUGGAUUGAAAAAUAGGAAGCUUUCAGACGACAGCAGUCGACCUGGUUUCCCGUCUGACCACUACUCCGGUAGGUCUACGGAGAGACCAUACAAGACUGCUUCUUCUUCUUCUUCUUCUUCAUCUCGAAAUAAUCAAUCUGAAAGGCAUCCUUCUAGGUAUAUGGAGUCAUCUAGAACAGCAGCUCACUACAGGCACAAUGACAGUCCCCAUCAUUCUGAGCGGUCCCCUCAUGACCGGACCCACAACCAUGAUAACCGGGAUCACAGCCCAGCCCUACGUGGCACCUCACCUUAUGAUCGUAGUCGUCAUUUUGAUAACAGGGGCCGCAGUCCUGCUCAUGUGGAACCCUCCCCUCGAAAUCAUGGUCGCAAUCGGGAUGGUAGGGAUCGAUCUCCAGCUUUGCUGGAGAGGUCACCGCGUGAUAGAGGUAGGUACGCUGACCACAGGGAAACGAAUCGAAAACCUGCAGCUGGGGAGAAGCGCCCUGGUCAUUAUGGUAGCAAAGGGCAAGAAGGAAAGCAUAAUCAGGCGAAAGAUUCUGUUGGAAGGGAAUCGCAGAUUUUUGGUAAAAAAUCACCAGAUAGAGGAAAUGUAGAUAACAGAAAUGUCGUCGCAAAUAAAGUUUCCGGGCCUUCGUGUGACCAUGAAGAGUUAUCUCAGAGUCCCUUGCUUAAAAAUGUUGAAUUGUCUCAAGAAAAUGGAAUUUCAGAAGAAGGAGCAUCAAUGGAAGAAGACAUGGACAUCUGCAACACUCCGCCUCAUGUCCCGCAAGUGGCAAAUGCAGUUGCAGGAAAGUGGUAUUACUUGGACCACUUUGGCGUCGGACAUGGGCCUUCCAAGUUGUCUGAUCUCAAAACACUAGUUGAAGAGGGCUAUCUUGUAUCUGACCAUUUGAUCAAACAUAUGGAAAGUGACAGGUGGGUAACUGUUGAAAAAGCGGUUUCUCCGUUGGUUUCUGUGAACUUCCAUUCUGUUGUUCCAGAUACAGUUACUCAACUUGUCUGUCCUCCUGAGGCUCCUGGUAAUCUAUUGGCAGAUAAUGGAAACGAGAUAUCCACUAAUGAAGAAUUGCCGGUCUCUUCUUCAAAUCCAAAAAUCUGCUCUGAGGACAUAUUGGUUAUUUCCAAGCCUGUAGAAGAUUCUCACAUCGAUGACAGAGUUGGAGUACUGCUAGAGGGCGUCACUCUAAUUCCGGGAAAGGAAGUUGAGAUGCUUGCAGAACUGCUGCCAAUUUCAUCAGAGCAUGAGGACUGGGAAAAAUGGUGGAAAUCACUAGGUUUUACAGGGAACCAAAAGGAUUUGGAUGAGCAUUUUGAAGAUAGUGGUUCUGAACUUCAAAUUAUAAAAGCUGAAGAAUCAAGACCUGCUGGACUUUCAUCCUUGGAAGGGGAUAAUGCACCGGAUUAUAAUGAUACUGGCGAAAGUUUCUUCAGCCAAUGGGUGUGCAGGGGAUGUGAUUGGAAGAGAAGUGAUGAAACUACUCUAGAUAGAUCUUGGAAGAGAAGGUUUGUUCUCAAUGAUGGCUAUCCCUUGUGUCAGAUGCCCAAGUCUGGUUGUGAAGACCCCAGGUGGGAGCAAAAGGAUGAGUUGUACCAUCCUUCUCAGGGUCGAAGACUUGACUUGCCUCCAUGGGCUUUCACCUCUCCUGAUGAGUUGAAUGACCCCAGCGCUGUAAGCAGACCAACCCAAAAUAAGCCUCUCAUUCCCAAGGGGGUCAGAGGACUGAUGCUUCCAGUAAUUAGGAUAAAUGCUUGUGUGGUAAAGGACCAUGGUUCAUUUGUAUCUGAAUCCCGGGUGAAAGCUAGAAAAGAAAGAUUCUCUUCAAGGUCUUCACGGCCAUAUUCCACAAGUGGUGAUUUAAAGCAAUCACCUGAAGAUGAUCCCUGUAAGAGUUCCCAUGAACAAGACUCACGUGAAUCUAGUAAGGAUAGUGCAAUUGUCAGUAUGCCAAAGGAUUGUCUUUACAAGCUUGAUGAAUUGAAAUUGCAUCUGGGAGAUUGGUACUUCCUUGAUGGCGCUGGACAUGAACGAGGACCUCUACCAUUCUCAGAGCUUCAGAAACUGGCAGAUCAAGGUGUCAUCCGGAACCACACCAGUGUAUUCAGAAAACAAGAUAAAAUUUGGGUUCCAGUGACCGUCUCAUCUGAGCCUUCUAGAAAUGUAAAGCACGAGGAGGCUGCAACUAGUUUAACUUCACUUUCAGAAGCAAGUGGUGGUGCAUUGGAUGGAGACCAGAUAGCAGUCAAUAGAUUCCAUUGCCUACAUCCCCAAUUUAUUGGAUACACUCGAGGAAGGCUUCAUGAAUUGGUUAUGAAAUCAUACAAGAGCCGGGAGUUUGCAGCUGCCAUUAAUGAAGUGCUUAACCCUUGGAUAAGUGCCAGACAGCCAAAGAAAGAGAUUGAGAAAAAUAUCUACAAUUCUGAUCACUUCCGCGCAAGCAAAAGGGCUAGGAUAAAUGGGAUUGAAGAGGAGUUCGAGACGGAUGACGAUGUGCUAAGUCUUCACAACAGUCAUUGUGAAUUUGAUGAGUUAUGUGCUGAUGUUUCGUACAGAAAGGGAGAUGAAGUUGAUUCUGAACUAGAGAGGGGAAGCUGGGAUCUGCUUGAUGGCAAUAUUCUAUCCCGUAUAUUUCAUUUUCUUAGAGCUGAUGUUAAGUCUCUGUUUUAUGCUGCCUUGACUUGCAAGCAUUGGCGAUCAGUUGUCAAGUAUUACAAAGAUAUUUCUAGACAGAUUGACUUUUGUGCCAUUGGACCCAACUGCUCCGAUUCCACCAUCUUGAAGAUAUUGAAUGAUUACAAGGAAGAACAGAUAACUUCCUUAAUAUUACGUGGUUGUACUGGCAUUACUUCUGGUAUGCUCGAGGAAGUUCUUCAGUCAUUACCUUUUGUGUCAAUUAUAGAUAUUAGAGGUUGCACCCAGUUCGAAGAUUUGGUUUCGAAGUUUCCUAAUAUCAACUGGGUCAGGAACCGGAAUGCCCAUUUGAAAAUUCGGAGCCUUAAUCACCUAUUCGAUAGGAACCAAUCCGCUUCUAAUCAUAUGGAUGAAUCCAGUGGACUGAAAGAGUAUUUAGAAAGCUCAGAUAAGAGGGACUCUGCAAACCAAUUAUUCCGGCGAAGCUUGUAUAAACGGUCCAAGCUCUUUGAUGCCCGAAAGUCUUCAUCCAUCCUCUCUAGGGAUGCUCAAUUGAGGCGUUUGGCUAUUAAGAAGGCUGGAAAUGGGUUUAGGAGAAUGGAGGAAUAUGUUGCUACAAGUCUACGAGACAUUAUGAACGAGAAUUCCAUCGAGAUAUUUGAGCCCAAGGUCGCAGAUAUUGAGCGAAAAAUAAGAAAUGGGUAUUAUACAAGACGUGGAUUGAACGCUAUCAAAGAUGACAUCAGUCGUAUGUGCAGGGAUGCAAUUAAGGCUAAAACUCGGGUUGAUGCCAGAGACAUGAAACAUAUUAUAACAUUAUUUAUUCAACUAACUACAAGUUUGGAUAAGGGUUCAAAGGUAGAAUAUACAAGAGAUGAUGUGAUGAGAUCCUGGAAAGAGGAUUCGCCUCCUGGCUUUUCAUAUGCUUCCUCAAAAUAUAAGAAGAACCUGAAUAAAGGGUCUGAGAGGAAACAUUCAUACAGAAGCAAUGGCAAUGUGUUCAUGAAUGGACUUUACGAUUCUGGAGACCGUGCUUCUGAUAGGGAAAUAAGAAAGCGACUAUCCAAACUAUACAAAAAAUCUUUGGACUCGGGAAGUGACACAUCUGAUGACAUGGAUAGGUCUUCCAAUGCAAGUAUCACAGAAAGUGAGAGUACUGCAUCUGAUACGGAAAGUGACUUGGAAUCACCAUCAGGAGGUGCUAUCAAAGAAUCUAGAGGGGAUACAUUCUUUACACUUGAUGAUGGGCAUGAUCCCUAUGCUGAUGAGCGCGAAUGGGGUGCUCGCAUGACAAAGGCUGGUCUUGUACCUCCUGUCACAAGGAAGUAUGAAGUUAUUGAUCACUAUGUCAUUGUAGCGGAUGAGGAGGAAGUGAGAAGGAAAAUGCAGGUUUCUUUACCUGAAGACUAUGAUGAGAAGCUUUUUGCACAGAGAAAUGGCACUGAGGAGUCUGAUAUGGAAAUUCCUGAGGUGAAGGAUUACAAACCCAGGAAAUCCCUGGGGGGUGAGGUCUUAGAACAAGAAGUUUAUGGUAUCGAUCCAUACACUCAUAAUCUUCUUCUUGAUUCAAUGCCGGAUGAAUCAGAUUGGUCGCUUGUCGAAAAGCAUCUGUUCAUUGAAGAAGUUCUCCUUCGUACUCUUAACAAGCAAGCCAGGAACUUUACUGGUACUGGGAACACUCCUAUGGUGUAUCCUUUGAAGCCUGUAUUUGAAGAGAUACUAGUCACUGCUAAUGAAAAUGGUGACAGAAGAUUCCUGCGUAUUUGCCAGUUUAUGCUGAAGGCCAUUGAUGGUCGCCCAGAGGACAACUAUGUUGCUUAUAGAAAGGGUCUUGGAGUAGUGUGUAACAAGGAAGGUGGUUUCACUGAAGAUGACUUUGUUGUUGAAUUUCUGGGAGAGGUUUAUCCUACUUGGAAAUGGUUUGAAAAACAAGAUGGUAUCCGUGCCUUGCAAAAGAACAGUAAUGAUCCUGCCCCAGAGUUCUAUAACAUAUAUCUUGAGAGGCCGAAGGGUGAUGCUGAUGGGUAUGAUUUAGUAGUUGUUGAUGCAAUGCACAAGGCAAACUAUGCAAGUCGGAUUUGUCACUCCUGCAGACCUAACUGUGAAGCAAAGGUCACUGCUGUUGAUGGCCAGUACCAAAUUGGUAUCUAUUCUGUAAGACCAAUUGCUUAUGGCGAAGAGAUUACUUUUGACUAUAAUUCUGUUACCGAGAGUAAGGAAGAGUACGAAGCUUCAGUUUGUUUAUGUGGAAACCAGGUUUGCCGUGGGAGUUAUCUGAAUCUGACGGGUGAAGGGGCUUUCCAAAAGGUCCUGAAAGAGCAUCAUGGGCUACUUGAUCGGCACCGGUUGCUGCUAGAGGCUUGUGAACUGGAUUCGGUGACCGAGGAAGAUUAUAUUGAGCUGGGUAAAGCUGGACUUGGUAGUUGUUUGCUUGGUGGGUUACCUGAUUGGCUGAUUGCCUACACAGCUCGCUUGGUGAGAUUUAUAAAUUUUGAAAGGAUGCAACUUCCUAAGGAGAUUCUUAAGCACAAUAUAGAGGAAAAGAAGAGGUUCUUUGCCGAAGUAAACAUGGAGCUUGAAAGGACCGACGCUGAAAUUCAGGCGGAGGGUGUGUACAAUCAGAGGCUCCAGAAUUUGGCUCUUACUAUCGACAAGGUGAGAUAUGUCAUGCGAUAUGUUUUUGGCGACCCAAAGAAUGCCCCACCUCCGCUUGAAAGGCUUAGCUCUGAAGAAGCUGUUUCAUUCCUCUGGAGAGGAGAAGGGUCGUUAGUGGAGGAACUUAUUCAAUCCAUGGCUCCUCAUACAGAAGAUGUUGCGUUGAGAGAUCUCAAGGUCAAGAUCAAUGCUCAUGAUCCUUCUGGUUCUGAUUACCCAGAGACGAAGCUUCGGAAGUCUUUAUUAUGGUUGAGGGAUGAGGUGCGAAACCUUCCUUGUACGUAUAAGAGUCGGCACGAUGCUGCUGCGGACUUGAUACACAUAUAUGCUCAUACAAAGUACUUUUUUAGGAUUAGAGAAUACAAGAAAGUAACUUCCCCGCCUGUUUACAUCACUUCGCUCGACCUUGGUCCGAAGUAUGCUGAUAAGUUGGGUUCUGGCGUUCACGAAUACUGCAAAACGUACAGUGAGACAUAUUGUUUAGGACAGCUAAUGUUUUGGUACAAUCAAAACGCCGAACCAGAUGCCGUCCUGGUCAAAGCAAGCCGAGGCUGCUUGUCUUUACCCGACGUUGGCUCUUUCUAUGCAAAAGCCCAAAACCCAUCACGCCAGCACGUCUAUGGUCCAAGGACGGUGAAGUUUAUGCUCUCUAUCAUGGAUAAGCAGCCCCAGAGGCCUUGGCCGAAGGACCGGAUAUGGUCGUUCAAGAGCUUGUUGAAAUUCGUGGGGGGUCCAACGCUAGAUGCUGCGUUGAACAAGGGCUCGAUCGACCGGGAGAUGGUGCAGUGGUUAAGGCACAGGCCUCCCGUGCACCAGGCGGUGUGGGAUAGGUGAAAUUUUUGCAGGCAAUGCCUUAUGAGAAAUCGCUGGUUAAAAAUGGAUGUGUAGUGUAGUGUAGUGUAGUGUAGUGCAUUAGAUAGUCGUGUUUUUAGGUGUUGCGAUUCCUCUGAGUCAUCAUUUAUUUUGCGCUUUUUUCAAUUUUUAUGUACAGUUGCAACACUCUUCCAUUUUUAGGUCUUUGUAAUUUGCAUUCUUUCUUGAGUCCAUAAUCUUUUUAUUAAUGGAAAUUGGCAAAAGAAAAAAAAAUAUAAAUUGCCAUUACUUUUUACUUGAA